AUGCUUUCGCAUGCAAAAAAAUGCGACAAUGUCGUCACGUCGUUGUCGUCCUCCUAUUUGCACUACGAAAAUCGUCGUCGUCGUUUUCACCAUUUUCAUUUUCAUCAUUAUUAUUAUCACCAUCAUCGUCAUCGUCGUCGUCGUCGUCGCCCUUAUUCGUUGCUCAACUAUCAACAACAGUUAAUAAAUGGUGGUGGUGGUGGUGUUGGUGUUGGUGGUGCAUUUUAUCAAUCACAACAAGAGGAUCAAUUUAUUUCUCAAAAAAAUUCGCGUUCUUAUUUGCUCAACAAUCAUUACAAAUUGAAAUAUUCGCUCAAAGGUUGCUGUACAAUAAAUUUUCCGCUCAAAAAUCGUUUCAAAUUAAGGAAUCUUAUCGAAAAACAGUAUCGCGAAAAGAAGAAAUUGCAGCAGCGACAACAACAACAGCAACAACAGCAAUUACGACAACGACGACAAGAGCGACAGCGACAAAAAUUUCAUUUGGAAAAUUUGCGACAAGAACAAAAAUUGCAACAAUUUUAUACAUCGCCGUCAACAUCGCUAUCAAUACUUGCUUGCCUUUUUGCAACGGGUUUUUGUCUCAAUCCUCCUUCUUCAUCUUCUAUUAUACCAAUUUCCUCUUCUCCAUCCUCACUAAAUGAGAUUAUUUAUUCAAAUACUUCAUCAAAUAUGUACUCAUGUCCAGCUCGACAAAAUCCUUUACUAAGGAUUUCAAGAAAAGCAGCUUUAAAAAAAUCUGCAAUGUCAUAUCUAUUAACAUCGAUAACGAUUCAUGAGCUUUGUUCAAUGCGACCAUUAAAACGAUAUGAAUAUUUUAAUAAAAUUUAUUUAUUCCCAUAUGAAAUUAAUAAUAAUGUACGGUUAUCACAGUUGUUUUUAUUUAAUGAGAAGGAAAUUUUGGAUGAAAAUGAUAUUAUCACCAAGCAUCUCGCUUACCACGCAAGAUCUUGCGUUAUAUCAACUAAUUUAACGAUAUGCAAGAAUUGUUUCGCUCAGAUUGAUGAAGGAUUGCGGAAAAUUGAAAGAGCUUAUAUCAACUUUAAUAAAACGCUGCACAGAUUUGAUUGUAUGUUGGCUAUCGAUUCACCGUCAGCUACUCGUCCUUUUUCUCCGAAUGGUACUUGUGACGACUGCAAGGUUUGGUACCAUAGAUGGCUUUUAGUACAGUUUGUUGAUGUAUGGUUGGAAGCGCCAUGUAUAAAUUGGUGUUAUUAUGCUCAACUUGCAUGUCCACAUUUGGCUACGAGUAAAGUGGCAGAUUAUGCGGGACACCCGAGUUUUCAAUGUAGAGAUUUACAAAUACCGCGAAUGACUUCAACGAAAAAAAUUCGCAAAAAAAUUUCGUCGAUUUUGCCAGCCGAAUGUCAUUGUCUACAUCCAUGUGAUUUAUUUCCUACGACAUUUUCUAAUUUAUUUGCAUCAUCGAAUAUCUCGGAAUCGACACAAUUUUUAGCGAAAUUACUGCAAAAUCAUCGAGUUCGACGCCAUUCAUCACGAAACAUCGUUGAUGGUGUUAGUUAA